CGUCUCACCGCGGAACUCAUCCUUCGGUCGCCGCAGGGGUUAGACCCGGUCCAGGACUACGCGAUCGAUUUACGAGGGCACAAGAUCGCGGCGAUCGAGAACCUCGCGGCGACGCAGAACCAAUUCGACGCGAUCGACCUCUCGGACAACGAGAUCGUCAAGCUGGAGGGAUUCCCGCCGCUCACGCGUCUGCACACGUUGUAUCUGAACAACAACAGGAUCGCGCGGAUCGGGAAGAACAUGGACGAGCAGCUGCCGAUGCUGAAGUGCGUGAUUCUGACGAACAACCGCCUGGGGAAGCUCGCUGACGUCGACCCGUUGGCGACGUUCAAGCACUUGACGCACCUGUCGUUGAUGAACAACCCGGUGACGAGGGCGGAGAAUUACCGCGCGUACGUGAUUUACAAACUGAAGAAGUUGAAGGUGUUGGACUUCAGGAAGGUGAAGCCGAAGGAGCGCGAGGCUGCGGAGGAGCUCUUCGGC